GUGUACAUGUUUCUCAUAAGGAUGCACCAUGAGUUAAAACACCUAGUGUUCACAGACCCACCCUUUCUUUUCUAGUCCAUAGGACUUUUUAUGUUAUGCUGUUAGUCAUUAAAGUAGUGAAGCCUCCUUUUAUACUUACUAUAUAAAAGUUAAAUAUAGACUGAUACAUCUACAUGUUUAUAUUUGGUUCUGGAGUUAAAAGACUGACCUGUUACUGAUUGCUUAAUGAACGCUAUCUGAACAUCUCACGCUGAGUUCAGAGACACAUAAUGGCUUCUCGGGGGAAAUCAGAAACUGGGAAACUGAAGCAGAACAUGGAGGAGCAGCUGGACAGAUUAAUGCAGCAGCUACAAGAUCUGGAGGAAUGCAGAGAAGAACUUGAUGACGAAGAGUAUGAGGAAACAAAAAAAGAGACGCUGGAGCAGUUGAACGAGUUUAAUGAAUCUUUGAAGAAGCUCAUGUCCGGAAACAUGACCCUCGUGGAUGAAUUGGGAGGGAUGCAGCUAGCUAUCCAAGCUGCUAUCAGCCAAGCAUUUAAGACCCCUGAAGUUAUAAGACUGUUUGCAAAGAAGCAGCCUGGGCAAUUACGUACAAGACUAGCAGAGAUGGACCGUGAUGUGAUGGUAGGGAAACUUCCCAGAGACGUGUACACUCAGCAAAAGCUGGAGAUCCUCACAGCCCUGAGAAAACUGGGCGAGAAGCUUACGGCAGAGGAUGAAGCUUUUCUAACAGAAAAUGUCAGUGCCACUCUGAGCCAGUUUGAGAAAGUCACAGCGAAUAUGAGAUCUGAAGAUAAGAUCAUGGCCUUAGCUAGCUCUGGAGUUGAAAAGACCAACACCUAGUUAUCUCCUGUAGUGUCCUGUUAUUAAUCUGUGUGUGUGUGUGUGUGUGUGUGUGUGAUUAUAUUUUUAAACAGUGUUUUAAUGUUAUAUUUAGUCCGACAGAUUUUGGCUCACGAUUCUCGAGUGCCAUUCAGCACAGUUUCAUACAGUAAUUAUGUCAUUAUUUACAUGUUUAUCUUAAAUCACAUUACAUUUCAAAUACAUUUGUGUGUGAUUGUACAAUUUCAGUACAGUAAAGUGAAAUUUAGGAAGUUCAUGAAAUAAGCAGAUCAGAUUUCAUGUAUAAUAGAUACCUUUGGUACGGUGUGUUAGAUGAGUUAUAUUUCGCAAAGUCCUUCCUGUGGCUUUAGGAAAAAUAAAUGUCUUGAUGUUUGACUGUAUUGAAAAUUUCAGAUAAAAAAAUUUCUUACAGGUCAUUUUUGAAUGUCUUACUUUUAUAAUUCUUCAUAAAAUGAUCUAUUUAUGAUUCAUUUACAUCAUUUAAUUUGUAUGUCUUUUGUAUGUUUUAGUAUUCAGAUCCUCAUGCAUUUUAUUCAUGAAAAUGAGACAUUAAUAAUAAUUGUACCUUUUCCUAAGAUGAUUUUGUCUUAUGUUAAUACACUCGAAAACCUAAGGAAACAAUUCUCAUGUAUGUAUUUUUCAGAAGAAAUCAUUAUAUUUAUGUCAAUUUGUAAUCGUGAGGUAGAAGAUGGGGAAGUAGCCGAUAUACAAGGUCCUUUCACAUGAAUGAUACCUGUAACAAAUUAAACAUCUGAGUCACA